AUGUGCGAGGAUAUGAGUCAGGGUACUUUUGACAUCCUUUGGGAUGAUUUAUGUGAGGCUAAUGAUCAAAAUGAAAAUUCAGAUAACAUUAUUACUGCUGUUUCUGAGUUGACCAGUGUUGAUUUCUUGAAAGAACAUGGUUUUGACAUUGAACUACUGUUCAUUGAAAUGAAUGAAGAUCAGAACCAUGAAAAUGUAUUAUCUUUCAAUUCUACAACUAAUACUGGACAUGUUACAACUGAAUUACCCUCAAGAGUUUCUUCCCCCAUAACACUCAGUAAAUCAGAUGAAUUACCCUCUACCAGUAGAACUCCUGUAACACCUGUUGAACCAAAUCAUGCAAAUGAAUUUACUUCUAGAGCUAAUGUUAUACUUGCUGGACCAAAUCCUGUAUUGCCUGAAACAAAUGAAAAUUCAACUUCCCCUUUGAAUAACCAAGAAAGGCCAAGUAACAGUAACUUAAAAAAAGCAGAGUUCAUGGAAAUUUCAUCAACAGAUGUCAGAAUCCUAAUAGAAAAUGAAGAGAAUAAGAACACUCUUAAGAAAACACUAUCAGAUGUUGCUAAAUUUGAAAGAUUUCUGGAAAGCAAGCAAGAAACCAAACAAUGCCAUCAAAUUGAACCAGACCUCUUAGAUGAAUAUUUAGCUAACUUUAUUUUAUCUGUAAGAAAGCCAGACGGUGAUGAGUAUGAGCCUUCCACCAUCAGAAACAUGGUAGGAAGUAUAGACCGCAAACUGCGCAGACAGCGAUAUCCUCAUAAAAUAUUUUCUGAGCAGUCAAACAUAUUCCAACUAAGCAGAGAUGCAUUACAUGCGAAACAGAAAUCUCUUAAAAGGUUAGGAAAGGGAAAUAAACCGAAGAAGUCCUGUCCGAUAUCUGACCAAGAAAUUGACAUGCUUUACGACAAAGGGAUUCUUGGUAACAGAACCGCCAAGUCAUUGCUGAAUACCAUUUGGAUCAACAACUGUAUAUUGUUUGGUCUCAGAGGGACGAAAGAGAAUUAUAAUUUAAGAUGGGGUGAUGUUUGUCUCAAAACUAGCUCAGAUGGUGUUGAGUACCUUGAACUAAGAGAGCGCCAGACCAAAACAAGGACAGGAUCGAACAUCAAUGAUGUCCGAGAAGUGACACCAAAAAUUUAUGCAACCCCUGAUGACCUAGAAAGAUGUCCUGUGGAGAUGUACAAACUUUAUGCCAGUAAAAGACCUAAUGAUUUUUGUGAACAGGACAAUCCUUUUUAUAUAUCACCUCGCUCAAGCUCUCAAAAAGUAAGUUGA